AUGGCAGACACAGAUCCACGCAGCCAGAUCAAGACCUUGAUUGGACGGGCAUCCAACCUCGAAGACAACGGGCAAUUGGGCGAGUCAAUUGCGCUCCUUCUCCAGGCGCUGCAGCUCUGCGAUCGGUAUCUUGGUCCGGACGACGUGGAUACACACUUGACCCAGAUUAUCCUGGCCUACAACUACCGCGCACAGGGUCAGUAUGGCGAAGCGGAGCGCCUCGAUAGAGAAGUCCUAUCUAGACAACAGCAGCUCCUUGGCGACAGCCACGUAGAGAUCGCGAAAAGCCUCAACAACGUCGCGCUUGAUCUAAAAGGCCAAGGACGUGAACACGAAGCACUAGACCUCGAGAAGAAAGCACUUAACAUGAUGAUCAGCGUCAAGGGCGAGGAAGCGCUGCCGACAUUGACGAGUAUGAAUAAUCUCGCCAACAGCUAUGUGAACGAGGAACGGUUCCAAGAAGCUGCCGAUCUACGCAGCCGGGUAGUGGAGAUCCGAACACGCGUGUUAGGACGCAGCGACCCAUUGACCAUUGCCGCGAUGGAUAUGCUUGGAGGCGAUUACCGCGGCCUAGGUCAGCUCAACCGUGCCAUUCAACUUCAGGAGGAUGCCGUCAGUGCUGCCUCUUCCAGCUUGGGCGCCGCCCAUGAGACAACGGUCAAGUGCAUGAUGAACCUUGCGUGUACUUAUAAAUCACAGGGGACGGAUGAGGGGACUGCGCGUCAGGUGGCACUUUUGGAGGAAGCAUACAGAUCAUUGCGACGAACAGAGGAGGAGGAUAACCCACUGACCAUCGCCCUCAUGAACAACCUUGGCCUUGCGUACACAAGGACUGACCGGCCGCAGGAUGCGAGGACCCUGCUGGUCUCCUGCCAUGAGUGGAACCACAGGACAUAUGGACCAGGCCAUCCAAGAACUCAAGCUUCCAGGCAGAACUUGGAGUUCGUAAUGACGCAGCUGGGGGAACUUACCAGGGCGCCUAUUCUUUAG